AUGGACUACUCGUAUCUGAAUCAGGCCGCGGCCGCGGCAGCGGCCGGCUUCGAAGCUUCCAGCUGCGCCUUGGCCGCCGGCGAGAUGCAGUGCAGUUACGGAGACCUGAGCUCGUGCUCGCAGAUGAGCCAGGCGGCUUACCGUUACACCGCGGCACGAGCCGCCGGAUAUCCCGGUAACGCGGCAGCGGCCGCGGGUGCCGCGGCCGGUGGCACGCCGCUGACGGCCCAUCACACCGCGCACCCCCAUGCCCACGCGCACCAUGGGGCCCACUCGACCCCCUGCUCCGUAAUGGCCGCCAGGUCCCAGGAAGUCCAUCGGCACGCUGCCUCCAUCUUCCCGUCGGCUAUCAAUCUUCAGAGCGGUUUGGGAUAUAAGGCUUACUCGGGGCAUGAUGGCCUCGCGGAGAAGAGAAAACAGCGUCGGAUACGAACGACAUUUACGUCGGCCCAACUGAAAGAAUUGGAGCGUGCAUUCCAGGAGACGCAUUAUCCAGAUAUCUAUACCAGAGAAGAAAUCGCUAUGAAGAUCGAUCUGACGGAAGCUAGAGUGCAGGUGUGGUUCCAAAACCGGCGCGCGAAGUUUCGCAAGCAGGAGAGGCUGGCCCAGCAGAAGUCGACGUCGCAGAGCGGCAUCGGGGCCGACAGCGGUGCGUCCAGUCCCGUGGCCGGCACCGUGAAGGCUGAGGGACGCUCGCCGAGGAGUCCGGCGACGCCGCCCGGCGGCUCGAACAGCGUGCUAUCGUCGAACGAGAUCAAGCCGAUCACCAACCAGAGCCUGGUGAACGUGAAGCACACGGACGGCGCAGGCGACGGCUCGCCCAACGUCCGGGGUAACAGCGGCGCGGGCGGCGGCGGCACCUGGGGCUCCUGCAGUCCCAGGCCCUUCUCGGCAGCCCUGCCGCCCUACCUGUUAGACCCGCUGCCACUGAAAACCGCGAAUCUUUACUAA